AUGUUCCGGUGUUCCCCGCCUCGACCCUCUCCACCGUGCCUGGUGCCGGUCUCCCCCUCCACCGUACCCGUUGCCAGUGUCCGUGUGCCGGUGCCCCCCCGCUCCGCCGUGCCCGGUGCCGGUUCUGGGUGCCGGUGCCCUCCCCCUCCACCUCACCCGGUUCCGUUGCCCCCCUCCACCGCAUCCGACUUCUACGUGGAGAUGAAGUGGGAGUUCACCAGUUGGGUGCCACUGGUCUCCAAGGUGUGCCCCAGCGACGUCUACCGUGUCUGGAAGCGGGGGGAGAGCCUGCGGGUUGACACCACCCUCCUGGGCUUCGAGCACAUGACGUGGCAGCGCGGCCGCCGCAGCUACAUCUUCAAGGGAGAAGAGGAGGGGGCAGUGGUGAUGGAGGUGGACCACGACAAGCAGGUGGUCUACACAGAGACGCUGGCCCUGGCCCUCCACGAGCCCGACCUGCUGCUGGCGGCCAUGCAGCCCUCGGAGGAGCACGUGGCCGGGCGGCUGACGUCCCCCAUCGUCUCCACGCACCUUGACACCAGGAACAUCGCCUUCGAGCGGAACAAGUCGGGGAUCUGGGGCUGGCGCUCGGAGAAGAUGGAGAUGGUCAGCGGCUACGAGGCCAAGGUGUACAGCGCCAGCAACGUGGAGCUGGUGACCAAGACGAGGACGGAGCACCUCUCCGACCAGGACAAGUCACGCAGCAAAGGCUCCAAGACCCCCUUCCACUCCUUCCUGGGCAUUGCCCAGCAGCACGGCACCCACAACGGGGCGCCCGUGCUGCAGGCUGCCAGCCCCACCAACCCCACCGCCAUCACCCCCGAGGAGUACUUUGACCCCCACUUCGACCUGGAGACCCGCAACAUCGGGCGCCCCAUCGAGAUGUCCAGCAAGGUCCAGAGGUUCAAGGCGACGCUGUGGCUGUGCGAGCAGCACCCGCUGUCGCUGGCGGAGCAGGUGACGCCCAUCAUCGACCUGAUGGCCAUCUCCAACGCCCACUUCGCCAAGCUGAGGGACUUCAUCACCCUCAAGCUGCCCCCCGGCUUCCCCGUCAAGAUCGAAAUCCCCCUCUUCCACGUCCUCAACGCCCGCAUCACCUUCAGCAACCUCUGUGGGUGCGACCAGCCGCUGGGCUCUGUGCGGGUGUGCGCCCCCACCCCCGGCACCCAGCCCCCCAACCCCAGAGGCUGGCCCUUCCCGUGCGAGGUGGAGGCGGGGGUGUUCGAGGUGCCGGCGGGGUACACGGUGCUGGGCGCGGGGCGCAGCGAGCCCCUGCGGGACGAGGACGACGACCUGCUGCAGUUCGCCAUCCAGCAGAGCCUGCUGGACGCCGGCACCGAGACCGACCAGGUGGGACCACCCCUCCCCCAAAAAAAACCCCUCCCUCCUUGGCCACGCCCCCCUUGGGCGCAGGCCACGCAGAGCUUUGUCAUGGUCAAGGGGGCUGCCCUGCUGCUCCCCGCCGAGGAGCUGCUGGAGGCCGAGCCCCCCCCGGCUGAGCCCCCCGGCCAGGCCCCGGGGCGGCAGGAACAGCACCUGCAGCUCAUGAUGCAGCUGCUGCGGCCACAGGACGCCAUCCGGCUGGCGGUGCGGCUGGAGUCGGCGCGGCCGCGGCGAGUGCGGUACCUGCUGGUGGUGCGGCCCGAGGAGGGGGGAGCCGAGGGGGAGACGGCGCUGCUGGGGGUGGAUUUUGCCCACGAGGGGGCCACCCGCUGCACCCUGGGCAUGGUGCUGCCCCUCUGGAGCGACACCCAGGUCUUCCUCGACGGCGAUGGGGGCUUCAGCGUGACGUCAGGGGGGCAGACCCGCAUCUUCAAGCCCAUCUCUGUGCAGACCAUGUGGCCGGCGGUGCCAGAGCUGUCGGAGCAGUCGGUGCGGGCGCUGCUGCGGGAGGUGAUGGCCACCGCCGACCUGGAGAGCGUCACCUCCAAGGAGGUGCGGGAGGAGCUGGAGCGACGCACGGGGCACAGCCUGGCCCAGCACAAGGACUUCAUCGACAACGAGAUGCUGCUGGUGCUGGCGCAGAUGGACCGGCCCUCCCGGGUCUUCCCACACCUCUACCUGGGCUCUGAGUGGAACGCGGCCAACCUGGAGGAGCUGCAGCAGAACCGGGUCACCCACAUCCUGAACGUGGCACGAGAGAUCGACAACUUCUUCCCGGCGCUCUUCACCUACAUGAACGUGCGGGUGUACGACGAGGAGACGGCCCAGCUCCUGCCCCACUGGAACGACACCUUCCUCUUCCUCUCCCGUGUCCGGGCCGCCGGGGGCCGGGCGCUGGUGCACUGCCGGAUGGGGCUGAGCCGCUCGGCGGCCACGGUGCUGGCCUACGCCAUGAAGGAGUACGGCUGGUCCCUGGAGCGGGCCCUGCGGCACGUCCGGCACUGCCGCCCCAGCGUCCUGCCCAACCCCGGCUUCAUGCGCCAGCUGGACUUCUACCAGGGCAUCCUGCACGCCAGCCGGCACAGCAGACUGUGGGAGCCCAAGGCCACCGAGGGGGCGGCCCAGCCCCAGGAGCGCCCCGAGGCCACGCGGGGGGAGGAAGGCGGCCUGUCCCCGUCGUCCCCAUCGUCCCCGCAGUCCCCGAGCGGGCCGGGGCUUUUGGGGACAUCCCGGCGUCCCCGCAUCUCCCUCUGCGCCGUCAUGAGGAGCAUCAGCCAGAUGGAGUCCCCCGAGCCCCUGGAGGUGCUGGGGGAGCCCUUCGACGAGGAGGUGCGGACGAUGGAGGAGGAACCAGCAGUGUUGUCCUCUCAGGGGGUGUCUGGUGGCCAGCAGGCUCCGGUAGCCGGCCCACGCUGCCCACGUGGCCGUGAUCCAGCUGCAUCCCAACUCCAGUGAGGAUUCCACGGACACCCUGGACCCGCUCAGCGGUGAGUGACGUUGGGGACAACAACCCGUGGGC